UGUUACAACAAUAAUCGGUAUUUAUAAACAGCUGAUCCGCGAACAGACAUAGUCCCGGUGCGUAAAGUUGAAUCGAUGUCCGAUGACAAAAAGAUCGCGCGCAAGUUGGCAGACGCCAAACGUCUAGAAAUAGACCGUUUUGUUUGCCGCGGCAGUUUGGUUUUUGUGUCUGUGUGCAUUCCAACCUUCGUACAGUGUUUAAGACAUAUAAAGCCUUUAGAUACAACAGGUAGCGCCGCCGAGUGCGAUAUAAACGCUUUGAACGCUGCCAUAUCAUAACUGCAGAAAAAUGACGAAAACCACUGAGGAGGCUGGAUACGAUCUCGUCCAAUCUUUACUCAAAUUUCACGAUGGAUCUCACGGUGCCCGAGAUCGCAUGGUUCAUAAGCCCGGAUGGAAAAUGCUUUUUAUGAUGUUAAAAUAUUUAAACUGCUACCCGGAAUUAACUUCAAUGCCGUAUCAAUUGACUCCGAUUGUACUGGACGUACCACCCGAAUAUCGUCAAAUUGUCUUGAAGAAUCCCAUGAUCGUUAGAAGACGUUACGUAGAAUUACUACCUAUCAAAUAUGGAUAUCGAGAAUUUUGGAAGACUCACAUAAACCGUUCGAGGGCAUUGCCUUAUCAAUAUUUAUUGUGGGAAGGCGGUUUCGUUCUGAUUGUAUUUUGUUUUUACGCCAUUGGCGAUAAUGUCAUACGUGUAGUAAAUAUCACAAUACAUUUUUCAAAAAAAGACGUACAACCCGAACCGUUGUGCUAUCAAGAUAAGCUCAUGCUGGAAGAGUGUUAUCCACUGGAUACGUUCAAUCCCGGAUUUGCAUUACCCAAACCAGUAUCGAUCAACACGAAUAGGUGGACAAUUUUGCGAGAGUUAAAAGAAUCCAGUGACAAAAAAGGCAACGAACUGUUUUUGCUAUCGUUGUCGCCUUUGAUGGACGAAUUGUCGGACCAAGUUCUUACGGACACCAGGCGCAAAAUGUUAGAGCUGUUGGAAGAAGCUAUGAGCUGGAAAAGAAAUUUUGAUCGUUAGAAUGCCGUAUCGAUCGUGUCCUUGUUAUCAAGACGUGUACCUAUAAUCUGUUACAAUUUAAAAAUGUUUUAAAACAUAUUAUUUAUUAGUUAUUUGUUAUUAGUACGAGUAAGUUUAUAUUUAUAAAACGUUCCCGUUAUUCGAUUCCUUAUUGCAGACCUAUAUUCUUAAUUUAUUAUACACACCUAUAAAUAUAAUAUGAGUAACGUUUAAGUUGUAAAAGUCAUAUACCUAUUUUAAUAAUUGUUUUUUUUUUUUAAUACUUGUGUAGACUUACGAUCAUAAUAUUAUCCUAAAUAUUAUUAUUUAACGUUUGGUUAUUUUAAGAUAUAAUGCGUUUAGACGCGUUUGUCUACAAUACAAUGUUCGCUAAGAAAAUAUCAAGUUGCCGGGGUUAUUAAAAGUCGACUAUUGAUCAA